CAAAAGUGAUACACAUUCAUUAUCAGUUUUUCACAGCGUCUAAAGCUGAAAAUUGUAAAUAGCAAAGUAAUUACUUGAGUAAUUACGCAAACAGAUAUUAAAAAAUGAUACGCUUUAUACUUAUACAAAACCGUGCAGGCAAGACUCGCUUGGCCAAGUGGUAUAUGAACUUUGAUGACGAUGAAAAGCAAAAACUGAUUGAAGAGGUUCACGCCGUAGUUACAGUGCGAGAUGCCAAGCAUACCAACUUUGUUGAGUUUCGUAAUUUUAAAAUUGUGUACAGACGCUAUGCGGGUCUCUACUUCUGUAUCUGCGUGGAUGUCAACGACAAUAACUUGUGUUAUCUGGAAGCAAUUCAUAACUUUGUGGAAGUGCUGAACGAGUAUUUCCAUAAUGUAUGUGAGCUGGAUCUCGUCUUUAACUUCUACAAGGUAUACAGUGUUGUGGAUGAGAUGUUUUUGGCUGGCGAAAUACGAGAAACCUCCCAAACAAAAGUGCUCAAGCAGUUAUUGACAUUAAACUCGUUGGAAUAGAGAAUUUACUCCCAUUAUAUCGAUGCAUUCCCAUUGCCCGCUUAUCGAAUCUUCUAUCACACAAUAUUAUGUAUUAUUAUCUACAUGUGUUCUAUAUGCAAGCUAAACUCUCAAUUGUUAAAAGCCGUGUUUAGACUCAAAUAAUUUAUAAUAAGAGAUUAUAUG